AUGAUUGUUUCUCCACAUUCAUCUCAAUCUAGAAAAUCAUUAGCAAUCUUUGCCGUUUUAACUCUAUUGCAAAUAUUGACGGGUGUUCUGUACAAAAUAUCUCCACAAAUCAAGCAAGGAAGUCAAUCAUUUGCAGCGAUAGUGUUUUACGCUGAAGUUUUGAAAUUGUUCAUCAGUACUGUCAUUAUUUACAUAACUGCUGAUAGUCAAAUUUCAGGUGAGGCAUUCGACGUUCAUCGUUGUGUUUUCUUUCGAAAAAUUUCGACGAUUUCAACGAAAUUCUGCGAACAAGUCACAUGGAGAUUUCUGCUGUACUCCGCUGGAAUAGCGUCUCUUUAUUGUUGUAAUAAUUCUCUAUUGAUUUCUUCAAGCAAUUCAAUGGAUUCUACCAUCUCGACUCUGGCUACCAGCGUUUCAAUUCCGUUCACCUUACUGAUCUUAUCGGGAUUGUGUGAUCGAUGUAUAAAUCAUUUCGAUUGGAUUGCAUUGUCUCUCCAACUAAUUGGCUUAGGAAUUUCUCAAUAUAAUGGAUGCCAACAAAGUUCUUCUCAAUUGGAUUAUAUUAUAUUGAUUACUAUGGCAAUAUUAACAGCGGUUUCUCGUGUUGGGAAUGAGUAUUGCGUUAAGUAUUUAAACAUUGAUUUACAGGUGCAAAAUUUAGUUUUAUAUUCGCUGAAUGUCAUGUUUCACUUCGUUUUGUUCUAUAAAUCAUUGGCAGUACUAAAUUAUUCAUGGUGGAUGAUGGCGAUGAGUGUAUGUUAUUCAUUGAUUGGCCUGAUUGUUUCAGCUGUUUACAAAUACAGUGACAUAUUCAUGCAACUUUGGUCGUUUUCGUGCGCAACAGUAGUGUUAAUUCUGUGCAAUUCAUUGCUUUUCGGAAGUGUGGUUGACGCACAUAUAUAUGCGGGUGUUCUGAUCGUACUUCUGGGAUUUUAUCUAUUCAUUCUCCAAAGGGAUGACUUUGCUGCUGUACCGAUCGAGAGAACAGUGACGAAUGACGAAGAAGCAACUCGUUCGAGUUCAGUGAAGAUAAUUUUAUUGAUUUUAUUCACAAUAAUUGGAUACUUUACUCUUCUAUCUACACGAACAACUAUCCGACCCAUCCCAUUCAGAAACUCAAAUACAACAGAAUCCUUACAUACAACUACUGUUAUCACAAAACAACAAGUUACCAACAGUUUUUUUCAAAUUACCAGAAUUGAUCCUAUCCGACUUAAUCGGCCUCUUAAAAUACAUGGUAUCUUCAAUGUCAAGGACGCCGAGCUUCAACUUACUGUAAACGCAAUCAAAUGCUCUUUAUAUUAUUUCUCAAACAAUGAAACUAUCUGCAAUGCACCUGAUUUAAUCGAUAAACUACCACGGAAUGCCACAGUCGAAAUUACAGUCAAAGCACGAUAUGGAAGUUCGUCAAUCGAACAGAAGAUUACCGUCGCUCGGUGGAUGACACAUUGGGAACGCGAACAUAUUUUACUUUUGAUAUGCUUCGGACAAGCGCGAUACGAACGGAUAGCAUUUUUGAGUAUGUUUGAAGAUUUAUUCCCAAAAGUUAUUUACGCUGGGCCCACUGCAGGUGAAAAUAUCGUCCUUUGCCCCGAAUUGCCCUGGCGAAAUCAUGUGUGCAUGUCCAGGGUUAUCGAACAAUAUCCGAAUUAUAAUGGUUAUUUGUACCAAACUUUCGACACGGGGGUUAUUCUCUUCAAUCUUUUUUCUUUUGAUCUGUUAAAAAUUUGGAGAGCAAAAGAUUAUCGUUCACGCGAUCCGCCAUUUGGUUCUCCGGUGCAUGAAGGAAGUGCAGCAGGGUGGAUGUGGAAUGUUCAUCCAGUAUUAGCCGACACGAAAAAAGCAUUUGCAAUAAUCAAUAGCGAAAGCCAAAAGAAUACAUCAGAUGGCCAACGAUAUCGGAGAUAUAUGAAAAACUUAGUAACUAAUGCCGGUGCGGCUGAUAUGCGACUUGGCUCAUUCAGUGAUCUUUAUUACAUACCGAAACACCUGACGAACGAUUGGUUGUUUCUAGCCGGGCGAGGGGGUGUGUUUGAUAAGUGUAACGUUAUACACGAGAUCGUAUCUCCAACGAUUUCAUGGAUGAUUACUGAUAAAAUUACAACGAAAUAUCAAACAUUCGAAGGUUCAUAUUCCACUGAUGCGAGUAUUCAAGAAUAUCUCCGGAAUCCUCAUCAUCAUUAUUUUCAUCGAGUCAAUUUAACAGACAAAAACGAACGAGAUUUUGUUAAAACGAUCAAAGAAAAGUCACAUGUGUAUGUAUAG